AUGAACAAGAUCAUCGUCUACCAGCACGUUAACUUCGGAGCCCUGAGCAAAGAAUUCACCUCUGACGUCUCCAAUUUGCUCACGGAGAAUUUCAACGACUGCAUCUCCUCCUUGAAGGUGAUCGGUAAUCCAUGGGUUACAUACGAAAAUAUCAAUUACAGUGGCUCCCAGCGUGUAUACGAGGAAGGAGAAUAUGCAAUGGUGGAAUCCAAUGACAGUAUUUCAUCACUGAGACUGGUGAGAGAGGACCUAUCAAAUCCUCAGAUCACGCUCUAUGAGGAUUCAAACUACAGAGGCAGAAGCAUUGUUAUCAACUGUGAGACAAACUUGUGUCUUGGAACGUUCAAUGAUAGAGCAUCGUCUCACAGGGUGCAGAGAGGAGCCUGGGUCCUGUACCAGGAUGUGGACCGUGGUGGAGCCCAGAUGGUGGCAAGAGCUGGAGAAGAACUGUCCAACUAUGGCUGGUUUAACGACCGACUGAGCCAUCUGAGACCUCUGAUGCCAGGAAAAGGCACCGUAGUAGCAGAAGUCCUGUGGGACAAAAUGACAGAAAGCGAAAGUUCUGUGACCAUCGACAAAGCUAGCGGUGACAACCCUGGAACACAUGAGCGUUCCUUCUCCACAGAGCUUACUCGAGACUACGAGGGGUCAAUCACUGAGACCUUCAACUUCAGCAGUUCAACAGAGGUCAGCUAUGGGAUGUCAUUUGAGAUCGACAUUUUUGGUUCAAAAGUAGGACACAACUUGUCUAUAAGUAAAUCCUGGACUGUGGCGAGAGGCCAGACCAACACCAGAACCGAGAGAAGCGGUGUCAAAGUGACCCUGCCAGCCGUCAUCCCUCCAAAAACCAGACUUACUGUGUACGUGAUAAGGAAGACAAUUGAUGUGAAGGUCCCUGUCAAGCUGACCAUCACCAGAGGCUUUACGACCAAGGUGGAGUAUGGAGAGUACCGGUCCUCAUCAGGGACCUCCAUCAGCACUCAAUUUAAGGAGGAGAACAUUUAG